GAAGUCAGUAAGCGAACGUCGCUGUAAGUGGAAGUGAGUAAGUGGCUGCUGCAAUGGAGCUGCCAUUUUCGAUCGCCUGGCUGGGAGCGAUCCUUGGCAUAGUGCUGCUGCGGCUGGUGGCGUCCCAGGAUUGCCAGCGGCAAUUGGAGAACGACAUGGACGCCAAGGAGGCGCCGUGCAUGGACUUUCAUCAGCAUGCCUGCGGUAAUUGGCAUGCGAGCACUUUGCAGCGAAAUCUUGGUGCCCAUGACAUGCGAUCCCAGUGGGUGGCGCGUCUGAAACUGCAGCUCAUCCAGUCCCUGGAGCAAGCCGAUUUCAACAGCUCCUCCAACUCCGCAGCGCCCCAGUUGGCCACUUUCUACAGGAGCUGCUUGCAGAGUGGCCAAUCGAUAAGGACCUACACCGAUGCACUGUCUCGCAGUGGUGCCAACUUCCCAUUGCUGGCCAACAACACCGAUAGCUUCGAUUGGGUGCUGGCCAACGCCGCCCUGCGGGAGUACGGAGCUCAGGGUCUGUGGAGGCUCUUGGUGCAGGACAACUGGCAGUCGGCGGAUCAGAGGAUCUUCUAUAUACUGUCGCCCAAGUUCUAUCUGCUGGGCCGCGAUGAUGACUUGAUGGAGUUCCUGUACGAGCGUUAUCUGAAGAUUCUGCUCUUGGAAUUGGGCAUGCGAGUGCGUAAAGCGGCUCUGCUGGCCGCGAAACUGGUUGCAUUCGAGAAGAGUCUGCAGAAGCUGGUGCCCAACGAUGUGGCACAGACGUUGGUGUUGCGGAAGCCGCAUAGUCUGCGGGAUUUAGAGUUGCAGCUGCCGGGACUGCAGUUGAAGCGAUACUUUGAUGCGCUCCUGGAGGGCAUCGUCUGGGAUCCAGCGAGCCUAUUGCUGGUGGUGGAUUUGGAUUAUCUGCAGGGCCUGCAGAGAUUACUGGCGGAUCGGACAUUGGAUGCCAUGACCAUGUCCACCUGGCUGCUCCUGCAGCUACCCGCUCACUUCGAAUUGCGACUACACGACGACGAAAAGCUGAGCAGCCAGCAGGAACACAGCCUGGAACAGCUGAGGAAACUAAUGCCUGGACCACUGGGACGCCUCCAAAUGCAAUUGGUGUUGGGCGAGUCAUAUCAGGAGGCGUAUGACACCGCCAUACAACAGAUAGCCCUGCUCUUCCAAGAUCUGAAGCAGCAAUUCGAGUUGGUGCUGAAUGAGACGGAGGUCUUCCACGAUGAUUUGGCCACACGGAACUUGGCUCGUGACAAACUGAGGGCCAUGCGAUUGCUAACGCCUCGGCUACAGGAUCCCAACAAUGGCGCUCCUGGCACGCCCCUGAUGGGCGGCAAUUGUGACGAGAACCUAUUGCAGCUGUCACUUAACCAAGCGAAAUUGGAAUUCCGGCAGGUUUUCGGCGAGCCCGCUAGCUCGGCGCCAGCGGAUCCGCUGUCAGUGAAUGCCUACUACCGCCUCAAGUUGAACCGGAUUGAGUUGCCGCUCGGCCUGCUGGCCACGCCCCUCAUCCAGCAGCAGUGCUCCCAGGAGGCGGACACGAUGGCCAAGCUGUCCGCCGGCUUGGGCUACAUCCUGGCCCACGAAAUGGUGCACGCCUUCGACUUCGAUGGCCUUAAUUACGAUGCCUCCGGCCAGUUGGCCAAUGGUCAGUGGCCGGCCAGGGCGAUUAUCCGUUUUAGCCUGAGAGCCGGCUGCUACUUGGGCGACCGGUACAGUAAUGCCACGCUAACCGUCAACGAGAACAUCGCGGAUUCCGAGGGACUUCGCUUGGCCCUCGACACAUAUCGCAGCCGGAGUGCAGCUCCAAACUUGCGCACCUUCUUCCUGGCCUUUGCCCAGAACUGGUGUGGCACGGUGGCAAGUGCGGCGGGCUCCAGCCUGCAUGCCGCACACGCCGAGCGGGUUAACAAUGUACUGGGAAACAUUCCGGAGUUCGGGGACACCUUUCAGUGCACGGCCACCAGCCAGAUGAAUCCCGUGGACAAGUGCCGCAUUUGGUGACCGUCUAAAGGCGUGUAUCUCAAAACUGGUGUUUGAAAACUAAUGGAAUCAGCUUAAAUUAGACUGCAGCCUGCAAGUAGUGAAAUACAAUUGACUGGCUGUCGCAAUCAAUGGCUUUUAGUUAAAUAUAAUGCAAUUUUGUGCGAGGAGCAAAAACGAGUUUUUAAAAUACAAGUAAAUAUGUCUGCCAUUUACAAACAUUUUUUCGUAUCAAAAGAAUACGGAUAAUGCUGCUCAA